AUGAACUUUUUUUUUUCCAAACCGAUUACCCUCCCUACGAAUCUCUCUUUUCUUUUCUUCUUUCUUCGCCUCCUCCCUAUUUUGUCUUAUUCUUAUUUAUUUGUUUUGUUUGUUUAUUUAUUUGUUUCGGAUUUUUAUUCUUUAUCGGAUUUCUUCUUUUUCCCCUUCUUUUUGUUCACUUUUCUGUCUUCUCUCUUUCCUUUUCUUUUCUCUGUCGUUUUAAUUUUUGCUUCUUUCUUUCUUUCUUUUGCAUACCUACUUACUUUUUCUUUUUUCUUAUCUUUCCAUUUUUGCUCUUUCUUAAGCGCUAGCUUCUUUCUUUUUUCUAUUUUUCUUUCUUUCUUGUUUUUCUUUCUUCCAUAUUUAUUUUCCUUUCUUAAUUCUUUCCGCAUCUUUUCCGUUUUUUCCUUCUUCUUCUCUCUUCUCAUUCCUUUCUUUUCCUUUCAUCCUCUCCUUUUCUUUUAUUUCUCUUGUCUUCUCUUUAUCUCUUUAGUUUCUCUUUGUCUCUUCCUUUCUCUUUUAAUUUCUUCUUUCUUUUUCUUUCAUUUAUCCUCAAACUCUUUUCUUUCUUUCUUUCUUUCUUUCUUUCUUUCUUUCUUGCUUCUCGCUAUAAAAACCUUUAAGACCUUCUUUCAUUUUGUUUUAAAUUUCUUUUUGUUUUUUUUUUCUUUUUUAUUCUUCUUACAUUUAUGUUGCUUCACGUUUCUUUGUCUCUUUCCUUUUCUUCCCUCAUAUUAUUUCUUUCUUUCUUUCUUUUUUCUUUUACCUUUUCUUUUUACAAUUCUCUUUGCGUUCAUUCUGCUUGAUUAUUUUUUACCAUUGUCAUUUUAUCUCGUUCUUUUUUUUUCUUCUUUUGUGCUUUUUUUUUUUUUUUUGAACACCAACCUACUUCUCUUUUAA